AUGUUUGAAAACCAUACUUCCAAACACACAUUACUAAAUAAAGAGGAAGAUCCUCAACAUCAACAAACCGAUUACAAACCGGAAGAAGAUUCAGAUAAUAACAAAGUUGAUAGAAAAGUUCAUAAACACACAAUAUCCAAGUUUUUAAACAAACUACAUGGACAACCAGAAUCAUAUUUGAAGAAACAAGAUUAUAUUUUUGGAAAAACCUUAGGUGCAGGAACGUUUGGUGUUGUUAGACAAGCCAAGAAAUUAUCGACAAAUGAAAAUGUUGCAGUCAAAAUCUUGGUUAAAAAUGCAUUAAAUGGCAACAAGGUUCAAUUACAGAUGUUAUAUGAUGAAUUGGAAAUCUUGCAAAAAGUUAACCAUCCUAAUAUAGUUCAUUUUAAAGACUGGUUUGAGAGUAAAGAUAAGUUUUAUAUAGUGACGCAAUUGGCGAUUGGUGGCGAGCUAUUUGACAGAAUAUUAAAACGAGGAAAAUUCACAGAGAUCGAUGCUGUUGAGAUUGUUAAACAAAUAUUAAGCGCCAUUCAGUAUUUGCAUUCAAUUAAUAUUGUUCAUAGAGAUUUGAAACCUGAAAAUUUAUUAUAUGUUGAUAAAACACCACAUUCUCAACUAGUCCUUGCUGAUUUUGGUAUUGCCAAGGAAUUGAAAAAUGAUGAUGAUCUAAUUUUCAAGGCAGCUGGCUCCAUGGGGUAUGUUGCUCCCGAAGUUUUAUGUAAAUCGGGACACGGCAAACCAUGCGACAUUUGGUCGAUUGGUGUAAUUACAUAUACAUUAUUGUGCGGGUAUUCUCCGUUUGUAGCCGAUGAUGCGAAUGGAUUUAUGGAGGAGAUUACUGCUGGUCCAAUACCAGUUGUGUUUCAUUCUCCAUAUUGGGAUGAUAUAAGUGCUGAGGCCAAGAAUUUUAUUUUAGAAUGUUGCAUUAUUGAUCUACACAGAAGACCUACUGCUUCUCAAUUGUUGAAAGAUAAAUGGCUUACUUGUUGUGGUUGUUGCACAGAUUUGUUGCCUUGUAUUAAGAAAGAGUUUAAUGCUCGUAAGAAAUUGUUAAAGGCCAUUCAAGUUGUUAUGUUAAAUAAUAGAAUUAAAAAAUUGAAGGAGCAGUAUGGUAUGUUAGAUGAAGAUGAGCAAGAAGGAGAUACGACACAUAGUGUUACAAGUGGAAACAGUAAUACCAGCAUUGACAGUACAACUACCAGCCCCAAUAGCUGUUCCUCUGGGACAACUGAACGCGAUAAUAAUGAAAAUACGAUUUCAUCUUUGAAUGCACUUAGGAAAACUUUGGAAGACUUGAGAUUGAAAAAUGAUGAGAGUUCGCAGAAAUUAAGGUCUGAAAUUAACCGUACUGCUUUUGCACAGUUAGUAGAAGCGGCUACGAGACAAAAGGAAGAUGUUCUUAACUAUAAGGAAGAAGAGAAGUAA